CGGCCGGCAGGCUGGGCGCGCAGGGGCGCGGGCCCCCGCCCGGCGCGCAGCGGCACCAUGGGCACGGUGCUGUCCCUGUCCCCCAGCUACCGGAAGGCCACGCUGUUUGAGGAUGGCGCGGCCACGGUGGGCCACUACACCGCCGUGCAGAACAGCAAGAACGCCAAGGACAAGAACCUGAAGCGGCACUCCAUCAUCUCCGUGCUGCCUUGGAAGAGGAUCGUGGCCGUGUCGGCCAAGAAGAAGAACUCCAAGAAGGUGCAACCCAACAGCAGCUACCAGAACAACAUCACGCACCUCAACAAUGAGAACCUGAAGAAGUCGCUGUCUUGCGCCAACCUGUCCACAUUCGCCCAGCCCCCACCGGCGCAGCCGCCCGCACCCCCGGCCAGCCAGCUCUCCGGCUCCCAGACCGGGGUCUCCUCUUCCGUCAAGAAGGCCCCGCACCCUGCUGUCACCUCCGCGGGGACGCCCAAACGGGUCAUCGUCCAGGCGUCCACUAGCGAGCUGCUGCGCUGCCUGGGCGAGUUUCUCUGCCGCCGGUGCUACCGCCUGAAGCACCUGUCCCCGACGGACCCCGUGCUCUGGCUGCGCAGCGUGGACCGCUCGCUGCUUCUGCAGGGCUGGCAGGACCAGGGCUUCAUCACGCCUGCCAACGUGGUCUUCCUCUACAUGCUCUGCAGGGAUGUUAUCUCCUCCGAGGUGGGCUCGGACCACGAGCUCCAGGCCGUCCUGCUGACCUGCCUGUACCUCUCCUACUCCUACAUGGGCAACGAGAUCUCCUACCCGCUCAAGCCCUUCCUG